UAUUACAAUCUGCAUUAUUGGCAGCCACAGAAAUUGAAAGAAAGAAGAAUCCGCCAUGGCUGCUGUGACUAGCAAGCUCCUUCUUCUCAUUGCAACUCUUGCAUUAACGUGUUGUACCCCUACCACAGAGGGCUUGAAACGCAGCAUCACCAGAAUGCAGUUCUACAUGCACGACGUCGUAGGCGGGCCAAACCCGACCGCAGUAAGAGUUGCAAGCCGGUUGUCCAACUACACAGGCACGGACCCAAUCGCCGCCCUUUUCGGGUCAGUUUACAUGAUGGACAAUCCACUCACGGCCACGCCUGACCCCAAGUCCGCCCUGAUGGGACGGGCGCAAGGGAUAUACGCCAUGGCCUCGCAACGGGACGAGUUCAGCCUCCUCAUGACACUAACGUAUGGGUUCACUGGUGGAGCUUACAACGGCAGCACAUUUAGCGUGGUGGGUCGGAACCCGGUGAUGAGCGAAGAAAGGGAGAUGCCGGUCCUUGGAGGCACUGGCAUGUUUAGGCUUGCUUGCGGAUUUUGCAUUGCAAGAACUCAUUCUGUGGACCAAAUGAACGCAAUUAUUGGAUACAAUGUCACGCUCAUACACUACUAAAAGAUUUAUAAUGUUACACAUAAUUUCUCAGAUUAAUUAGAUCAUACCGCUAUAUUUGGUAAUAAUUUUCGAUGUGAUGACCGCCACUGUAUUAAUAUACCAUGAUUUAUUUAUUUUUUUGGCAUGAAUUAGGGGAUCGUUUGCCAGCAAUAAUAAUUACAUAAUUUUCUUUUCUUUUUCGUUUUACAAUGUUUGGAAACAUAACCGACUAAUUAUGGAUUAACACUGUAACUCCCUUGACAUUCA